UUAAAACUCAAGUUCCAUAGGUCAACACUGCAAACUUCACUACUGUCAAGUCAACUGGUUGCCUACAGCUACCCGAUUUUGUCACCAGAGAAACUGUUCACUUUAUUGCAGCUAAAACUUUCCAAUAUACCUAGAACCUAAGAGAUACCAUGGCAGGUGCAGUUCGAAAAUUAUCGACUUCUGGUGAUUCUUUGUAUGAAAUUCUGGGUCUUCCAAAAACAGCUACACAAAGUGAUGUGAAAAAGACUUACAGAAAGUUGGCUUUGAAGUAUCAUCCAGACAAGAAUGAGGGUAAUCCUGAUGCUGCUGAUAUAUUUAAAGAGAUAAACAGAGCUAAUUCUGUCCUCAGUGACCUAACCAAAAGGAAUAUCUAUGACAAUUAUGGAUCUCUUGGUUUAUAUGUUGCUGAACACUUUGGAGAAGACAAUGUUAAUACAUAUUUUGUCUUGACUAGCUGGUGGUGUAAGGCAUUGUUUAUCUUUUGUGGAGUUAUCACAGGUUGCUACCUUUGCUGUUGUUUCUGUUGUUGCUGCAAUUUUUGCUGUGGAAAGUGUAAACCACAACCUCCAGAAGAUACAGGGCACUAUCAAAAUUUGAAGGAAGAGUUAAGUGAAGAAGAAAUUGCACCCUCAUCACCUGUAACAUCACAGCCUAUAGGAAGUGAUAAUACAUCUAUUCCGAUGCCAGAUUCUGAGGGUAGUCAAGGUAUUUCAGAAAAGACAACACUGCGACCCUCUCAGUACUCUACUUACAUGACUAAAGAAAACUUGUCUGUUCAGGCUACUCCCACAAACUUUCCUGGCCAUCCACAAGAGUCUCACCCUCCUGCAUUUUACAGUUCAUGACCAUUCAACAGUGAUAUAACUAGCUAGGAUACCAGUGUUCAUUGAGAUUCUUGUUGGUUUGUUCUUAUAGAAUUGAAGGUCAUCAGGCUGUAGUCUGGUUCUAAUUAAUUAUCACUUACAAAUCUUUAUUACAUAUGUAUACAGGUUAGAAGGAUAUGAAGUUCACAUGAUUUGAAGAGUAAUUACUUUGGUAAGGCAGAAGGUCAUCGUAUAGAGAGUGGGAAAGAGUUACUAUACAGUUGAUAUUUAUAUGGCUGGUACUAAAGAAAAUACUGCAAAGGCUAUUGAAACCAAUAUAAUUAUUGUUUGUUUCAGAGGAAGAUAUUAAAAAUUAAACUAUUUUCUAAAUGAAACCACUGGUAUGUUCAGUUUUACCCUGUUUUAUGUAUAACAUGUAGAAAAUGAUGUUUGUCUUGUUUCAUAUAUAUAUAUAUAUAAACUUCGGCAGGGGCUGGGUGUCAAUCAAGACCAGGUUCUUUCCUUGCCCUUCCGCUCUCCAACCCCCAAAAAUAAACAACAUAUACAGAGAUUAGAAACAAAAACAAAAUUGAUGUUUCUUAUAUUUAACCAAUUAAUCACCAACAGAACAUUCAAGUUUUACUUUCAAUGCCUAGCCCCAACUUCUCAAACUGUAACCCCUAUUGUUCUCAAAGCCACCACCUUCCCCAGAAAUCCACUUCUCAAGCCAUGCAUGCUAUUAACCCCUAUUGUUCUCUAAAUCUCUGUUUUUCAGAACACGCUUUUUUUUUUUUUAACUAAACCAAUUAUUGAUUGUAACUUUCAGUACUGCGAAAGUUGCCACAAAGAUUAGGGCUUAGAUGCCAUGUUCAAUUACCCGGAUUCGGGUGUUUUUAACAACAUCACUCAGCCAGAGUUGAGUAUUAUCGGGUAUUUCAAUACCCAGCCUGGUACACGUGCAUCUUUAAUAUAUAUAUAUAUAUACAACUUAUUUAUUUAUUUAUAAUUUUGAAACAAAUGACUGCUCUUUUAAUCCCAAAUAUUUAGUUCUUCUGUAAAAAAAUUUUUGUGGGGAAAAAUAUACUCUUCAGCAACAAAAAAAAAAGGUGGGAAUGUUGAAUUUCAACCUCAGUGAGAUGCAAAUGUAACAGGUAGAACAAUUUUUCACAAACCCUACUUUAUGUUGGAAAAACUUUAAAAGAUAUAAGAAAAUGUUUAAUAUAUAUCACACACAAAUUCACAAAAAUAAGGUUCCAGAUGUUUAAAGUGUUUUCAAGUGAUUAUUAAGAUAUUUUAUAAAGAAAAUACAUUUCAAACUUGCCAAAUUAUGAUAUCUACAUUUCAAAGUUUUAUUUUUUGGCCACAAAAGGUAAUUCUAUAAGAAAUUUACUUGUUGAUUGAAGUAACUUUCUAAAUGGGACUUGGAUGUAAUGAUAGUGGUAUAUUGAGGGUUAUAGUCGUGAUAUUUUUAAGUUGCUUAAUAAUUUUGGUAUAUUUUUUAUUAGUCUCUUUGUUUUAUAAUCCCUUCAAAACAUUUUAAGUUUCUGUAUUUAAUUUUACUGAAUUACUGAUCUUAUAAAUUUUUAGAACAUAUUAAAUUGUUGUAGUGCUUUUUUGAAUAUUAAGUAAUGUGGUAUUACUUGUAAAAAUGUUUUUCCCUAUAAAUAUUGUACUUUGUUUUUAUUUUGGUUGAUAAGCCUAACAUUUCUCAUAAGUCUCAUAAACUGCAGGGUUUUUUUCACAUUCUUCUUAAUUUGUUUAUCUUGGAUUUAAACUCAGAUGAACAAAUUAAAAGAAUGUCAAGAAAAAACAUCUGCGGUUUACAUGACUUUUACCACAAAUAUUUGGCCUGUUGGUUUCUAAUGCUUCACCAGCUUUUGCCAUUUAAAGUUUUACUUUUAUUGAGAUUGAUUUGCAUUUUCACAACUAAGUGUUAUUGAAGAUUGGAUUGUACCCUACAAUAUUAUUGUAGAGAAACAACAGAAUACUUUAUUUAGAAAACCUUAUUGUCUUAUUUAUUGGUAUAUUUUUCCAUGCUUGUGAACUGUUAUGCAUCAUUUAUGUAUAUAUGUGUAUGUAUGUGGGGGUAGGGGUACAUAAUAGCUUGUAUAUGUAGACAGAGCAAUAAUUCUCUUUUAAGUAAUCUUGACAGUGGUUUACCAGUGUGUGCAGAAAACUGAGUAUUUAUUUUCUUUUAAUUGAAGAUUUUCUGAUAUUUAGUUAUUUUUAUUUUCCAGGAUGCAUAUUCAGAACACAUUAAAUUCAAAAUAUCUAGACUGUUUGAAGUUUAUUUGGUUGUGAAAAAUGUAUUGAGAAUGUGAUGAGAUUAAUGUGGCAGUUAUGUGUUCAAGAAUAUGUUUCAUCUAGUUGUUGGUGCAUAUAUAUUGUGAAAUUUAGGUAAAUUAAUAUUGGGGUUCUCUCAUGUUAUGAUGAAAGCUUGAAAAUACAAUCUACUUUAUUGGUCUAUUUCUAAGUAUGAGUAUGUUAGAAAUUGUGUGACUGAAACUGAAAGAAAUAGUUUUAUGCUAAAGCAGCUCACACUUAAAUAGAGAAGUUACUCUCACAAUGUUCAUUAGAUGUAGUUUUAUGCUAAAUCAGCUCACACCUAAAUAGAGAAGUUACUCUCACGAUGUUCAUUAGAUGUAGUUUUAUGCUAAAUCAGCUAACACCUAAAUAGAGAAGUUACUCUCACACUGUUCAUUAGAUGUAGUUUUAUGCUAAAUCAGCUCACACCUAAAUAGAGAAGUUACUCUCACGAUGUUCAUUAGAUGUAGUUUUAUGCUAAAUCAGCUAACACCUAAAUAGAGAAGUUACUCUCACACUGUUCAUUACAUGUAGUUUAUGCUAAAUCAGCUCAUACCUAUAUGUGGAAGUUACUCCUACACUGUUCAUUAGAUGUAGUUUUAUGCUAAAUCAGCUCACACCUAAAUAGAGAAGUUACUCUCACACUGUUCAUUACGUGUAGUUUUAUGCUAAAUUAGCUCAUACCUAUAUGUGGAAGUUACUCCUACACUGUUCAUUAGAUGUAGUUUUAUGCUAAAUCAGCUCACACCUACACAUGGAAGCUACUCUCACACUGUUCAUUACAUGUAGUUUUAUGCUAAAUUAGCUCAUACCUAUAUGUGGAAGUUACUCCUACACUGUUCAUUAAUGGUAGUUUUAUGCUAAAUUAGCUCCCACCUAUACGUGGAAGCUACUCUCACACUGUUCAUUAUGUGUGAGAUAUGACUCUAAUAUAAGUGCUUUGAAGUUGUGCAUAGUUUACUAUUGAAAAAUUGUGAUUCCUACAUUCACUUAAUAAUUGAUCAAGGCAUUUUCAACCAGAAUGUUUGUUUUAACUUUUAAAUCUAUUGUGUGUGUUAGUGUUGUGUUAUAAAUGUUAGUCACAUUAUUCGUAGUAAAAGAAAAAUUUUAGCCCAGUUUUAAGCUUGAAACUAUGUUUAUUCAGUGUAAAAAAUAUGUCUGACAGAUUAAAAAAUGCUUGUUAAUUGAUUUUUUUACUUUAUAAACACUUUCUUUGGUAUUGUAAGACGUAUUGCUAUAAACCAUUGCAUAUCUAUAGUAUAUUAUAAAGAACUUUAAAGAAUUUUUUAUAUGUAUAAAGUUUCGUUGUUAUUAUCAUUCCAUUUCAAUAUUAGGACAUUUAGUUUUUGGCUUAUUUGUCAAAAUACGUAACAAAACAUAUACUUUCAGGUUUUUGUUUAAAUAGUUACAUUAAAAGUGAAAUUUUUUAUGAGUGUUGAUUUAUCAAAAAUUGUGUGUGUUAUAUACAAACACACAAAUAGACCAAGCACAAGGUAAGAUUACAUUGUAGUGACACUCUCUAAUUAACCACAAAAACAUGGUCUUGUGGCCAGAAAAUAUUUAUAUUUGUGUAAAUUUCUUGUUUAUUCUUAUCAUUACAGGAUAUUAUAUUUUAUGUUUUGUUUCUCUUCCUAAUGGAAAUAUUUGGGUAACAACCUUGAUCAAGAACAUAUUAUUUACACAUUAUGUAAUAUUUUUUCUUUCCCAGUUAUUGUGUAAUAAGAUACUUCAAUCAACUGUUAGUUUUAUACAUCAUAAAGCAACUUAUGUUUAGGAGAAGUGUGAGUGUAUUCUUUGGGUUUUAAGACAAAACUGGCUCAACAAAACAUUUUUAUUAUUGAUGAUCGGGUUUGAAUUUUUGUUUUUUCACCAAAUUUGACGGGAGUAAAACUGUAUGUAUGGACUAGAUUUGUAAUAAUUAUAGAGUUUUACGUAUUUGUAAAUAUUUUAAAUUUCUACAAUCUGAACUAUAUUAUAUAAGUUUUGCUUUCCAAAUUAAUAUAUUCUUAUGUACUGUGAGUUUUUCUCAAGGAAAUGAUAUACUGAUUGUAUGUUUGAUUUUCAAAGAAAUAUAUAGAUAAUCAUAUUUCAGCAAGACAUUGAAAUAUAUUAAAACUUACUAUUUUUUGGAUUUGUGGAAGUACUGUAGCACUACUUAGAUGAUUUAGAAAUAUUAAGAUAAAAUUUGAAUUUCUACUUUCAUGAAAUGUGAUAUGUACAUGUAGAGUUUAGAUGAUUAUAUAAAUAGCAACAUAUUGAAAAUAUUAAACAUUAGUUUUCUUAACCUUUACCAUUGUUUAGAGACUUUACCCCAACAAUAAAGCCAUAUUUGAAGUUAAGCUAAUACUGAUACUUUAAAAAUUCAAACCUUAUCUAUAGGUCUAGUGAUUCCAUCUAAUCAACAAUGUCCAAAUUAUAGCAAAACAUUCAAGAGGGUUUGAUUUCACUGCUAAGUAAUAUAAAAAAAAUGUGUAAGAAUUUUAAUUUAUGAUACCUAAUCUCAAUCAAAGCAAAUCUGUAUCUAGAGUUGUAGCAAAAUGACUGUACCUGUCUGUCGGACAACAGCCCAGGACUGAAACCUAUUGUUCAAACUUUUUGCAUGAUGAAUGUAUAAGUUAAGUGUAUGUCAGUUAAUCAAAACUUUAUUGUGACAGAAGAUGGACUCCAUAUACACUUAGAUAAAACUUGACAUUUCUCUAGUUCACAAGGUCUAGUUUUAAUCUCUCAACUACAUUAUUAAACUUCCACACACAAAAAAAAGGUUUCAUGGUAUUUCGGCAGCAGGUGGAUAUGUGUCCAAUGAAAUUGGUGAAAGUUUUUAAGGAAAUUCUGUGUAUUUGUUAAAUUUAUAACACAUUUUUCUGAAAACUGCAAUAGUAACUAACAAGGUUUCUCAUUUAGGACCACUGAUUUACUUCGUAGCUAAUACUAGUAACUUCUAUGUCCAUGAGAUAAUCUGUGUUCAUUUGUUGAAAUACUUUACUGAUAUAAGAUUUUUUCACCUAGAUGUAGUGAAAUAACUAUACUAAUGGUUAUUUUUAGUGGUUUCUUCACAAUGUUGAUGAAUGUAACCAUUUGUGACAUUAUUCAAAAUAUCUUAGAGUUCCAAAUAUUGAUGUAAACAGCAGAUUGUUGUGUAUUAUUUUUUCAAACUAAAUAAUGACAAAUAAAACAGAAAGAUGUCAUUGUAGUGUAUAUAUAUUUCCUAAACCAAACUGUAAGUUGCCAUACUCUUAAAAUGCAUUUAUUAGAAACAUAAUAUUGUUUGAGCUAUAUUGUAUU